AUGCAAUUCCUGGGUGGUACCAUUUUGUUAAUACUUGUGCUCACUGAAAGCACAUAUGGAGGCAGUGCGCAAGAAUUCCAGAACAGUGAUGGUUCAGAACAAGAAUUUAUUUAUGUGAACAGGGAGCGGCGAGCGGCAGAAUCAUCCGACAAAUGCAGCUAUACGUUCAUUGUGCCUCAACAGAAAGUCACCGGGGCCAUUUGUGUGAAUUCCAAAGAACAGGAGACCGUGUACGAAAGUCGGAUCCACAAGCAGGAGAUAGAACUCCUCAAUACAGAACUUUUGAAACAGAAAAGGCAAAUUGAAAACACUGCAGCAGCUUGUGGAGGUGGACGGCGGUAUUGUUAAUGAGGUCAAGCUAUUGCGUAAAGAGAGCCGGAACAUGAACUCUAGGGUCACCCAGCUGUACAUGCAACUAUUGCAUGAAAUUAUCAGGAAAAGGGACAAUGCGCUGGAGCUCUCGCAGCUGGAGAACAAAGUUUUGAACCAAACGGCAGAGAUGUUACAGUUGACAAACAAGUACAAAGACCUGGAACACAAAUAUCAGCACUUGGCCUCACUGGCAAGCAACCAGUCCAUUGUGAUUGCACAGCUGGAAGAACAGUGCCAGAAGGUACCUCAGUCGAGGCCGAUUCCACAACCUCCACAACAGCCCAACCGGAUGUAUCAAACACCCAAUUACAACCGCAUCAAUCAAAUUUCCACCAAUGAGAUUCAAGGAGACCAGAACCUGAAGGUCCUCCCACCUCCUCUGCCAACCAUGCCCUCUGUCACCAGCAUCCCAACAUCUACAGACAAGCCAUCUGGUCCAUGGAAAGAUUGCCUACAGGCACUGGAGGAUGGACAUGACACCAGUGGCAUAUACCUGGUAAAGCCAGAGAACACCAACAGACUGAUGCAAGUGUGGUGCGAUCAGCGACACGAUCCUGGUGGCUGGACAGUAAUCCAAAGAAGAAAUGAUGGAUCGGUCAACUUUUUCCGGAACUGGGAAACAUACAAACAAGGAUUUGGUAACAUUGAUGGAGAGUAUUGGCUUGGACUAGAAAACAUCUACUGGCUAACUAAUCAAGGCAACUACAAAUUACUAGUUACCAUGGAAGACUGGCAGGGACGCAAGGUGUUUGCUGAAUAUGCAAGUUUCCGCCUGGAACCUGAAAGUGAAUUUUACAAAUUGAGACUUGGCCGUUAUAACGGCAAUGCUGGGGACUCGUUCACUUGGCAUAACGGAAAACAGUUCACCACCCUGGAUAGGGAUCAUGAUGUGUACACAGGCAAUUGUGCCCAUUACCAGAAGGGAGGAUGGUGGUACAACGCAUGCGCUCACUCCAACCUCAAUGGUGUAUGGUACAGAGGAGGGCACUAUCGUAGCCGCUACCAAGACGGUGUUUACUGGGCUGAGUUUCGAGGUGGAUCCUACUCACUGAAGAAAGUUGUCAUGAUGAUCAGACCCAAUCCUAACACUUUCCACUGA